AGUCUGGGGCGUCGAACCCCGGGCCCGGUGAGGCGAGGUGAGGCGAGGCGCGGCGCGGCAGGAUGCGGCGACGGCCGUGGCGGAGCCGCGGGCCGGGCGGGCGGGCGCGGUGAUGAGCGUCUGCACCCGCCGCCAUGUCCAAGGUAACGGCGCCCGGGCCCGGGCCGCCGGUGGCGGCGGCGGCGGGCGGGAAGGAGAAGCGCUCCUUCAGCAAGCGGCUGUUCCGGAGCGGCCGCGCGGGCGGCAGCGGCGGUGGCGGCGCUGGCGCAGGGGGGCCCGGGCCGGCCGCGCCCUCCUCGCCCUCCUCGGCGCGCUCGGUGGGCAGUUUCAUGAGCCGGGUCCUCAAGACGCUGUCCACGCUCUCGCACCUUAGCUCUGAGGGCGCCGCCCCGGACCGCGGCGGCCUCCGCAGCUGCUUCCCGCCCGGGCCGGCCGCCGCGCCCACGCCGCCUCCGCCCGCCUCGCCCGCGCCUCCCGCGCCGCCCGCCUGUGCCGCCGAGCCGGUGCCCGGCGUGGCGGGGCUCCGCAACCACGGCAACACGUGCUUCAUGAACGCCACGCUGCAGUGCCUCAGCAACACCGACCUCUUCGCGGAGUACCUGGCGCUGGGCCAGUACCGGGUGGGGCGGCCGGAGCCCUCGCCUGACCCGGAGCAGCCUGCGGGCCGCAGCACGCAGGGCCAGGGCGAGGUCACCGAACAGCUGGCGCACCUGGUGCGGGCCCUCUGGACCCUGGAGUACACGCCGCAGCACAGUCGCGACUUCAAGAGUAUUGUGUCAAAGAAUGCACUACAGUAUCGGGGAAAUUCCCAGCAUGAUGCCCAGGAGUUUCUGCUGUGGCUUUUGGACCGAGUUCAUGAAGACCUCAAUCAUGCUGUGAAGCAGAGUGGCCAGCCUUCUCUGAAGCCACCAUCAGAGACUGAUAUGAUACCCGAGGGACCAUCUUUUCCUGUCUGUAGCACUUUUGUACAAGAACUUUUUCAAGCCCAAUACAGAUCUUCUUUGACAUGUCCUCAUUGUCAGAAACAGAGCAACACUUUUGACCCUUUCCUCUGCAUUUCUUUGCCAAUUCCUCUACCCCAUACAAGGCCUCUCUAUGUCACCGUAGUGUAUCAGGGGAAAUGUUCUCACUGCAUGAGGAUUGGCGUGGCUGUGCCUCUCUCUGGGACUGUUGCCAGACUUCGGGAAGCAGUGUCUGUGGAAACAAAGAUCCCCACCGAUCAGAUUGUGUUAACAGAAAUGUACUACGAUGGGUUCCAUCGUUCCUUUUGUGAUACAGACGACCUGGAAACUGUCCAUGAGAGUGACUGCAUUUUUGCCUUUGAAACCCCCGAAAUAUUUAGGCCUGAAGGAAUUCUCAGUCAAAGAGGAAUUCACUUAAAUAACAAUCUAAAUCACUUGAAAUUUGGCUUGGAUCAUCAUAGACUAUCUUCCCCUACACAAAUAGCAGCAAGGCAAGGGAAAAUGGAUUUGCCCACCACAAGAACAGGAAGUGACAAGAUUGUUCUGUUGGUGUGCAACCGAGCCUGCACUGGGCAACAGGGGAAAAGAUUUGGACUGCCUUUUGUGCUGCACUUAGAGAAGACAAUAGCAUGGGACCUUCUGCAGAAGGAAAUUUUGGAGAAAAUGAAGUAUUUCCUGAGGCCCACGGUUUGCAUUCAGGUGUGUCCAUUUAGUUUGCGUGUGGUCAGUGUUGUGGGAAUAACAUAUUUGCUACCCCAGGAGGAGCAACCCUUGUGCCACCCGACAGUAGAAAGGGCAUUAAAAUCUUGUGGACCGGGUGGUACUGCUCAUGUGAAAUUAGUAGUAGAAUGGGACAAGGAGACAAAAGACUUCUUGUUUGGAAAUACCGAAGAUGAAUAUAUCCCAGAUGCAGAAAGUGUCCGUCUGCAAAGAGAGCAUCAUCAUCAGCCUCAAACCUGCACUUUAUCCCAGUGUUUCCAACUCUACACCAAAGAGGAACGGCUUGCCCCAGAUGAUGCCUGGCGUUGCCCACACUGUAAGCAGCUGCAGCAGGGAAGCAUCACGUUAAGCUUGUGGACUCUGCCUGAUGUGCUUAUUAUACAUCUAAAGAGAUUUCGUCAGGAAGGAGACAGGCGUAUGAAACUUCAGAACAUGGUCAAGUUCCCCUUGACUGGCCUGGACAUGACACCUCAUGUGGUUAAGAGAAGCCAAAGCAGCUGGAGUUUGCCAUCCCACUGGUCCCCGUGGAGACGGCCCUAUGGACUCGGGAGGGACCCUGAGGACUACAUCUAUGACCUGUAUGCUGUGUGCAAUCAUCAUGGCACCAUGCAAGGGGGGCACUACACAGGGCUGAUUGAUGUUCCACCAUAUAUAGCCUACUGUAAGAACUCUGUGGACGGCCUCUGGUAUUGCUUCGAUGACAGCGAUGUGCAGCAGCUGUCAGAAGAUGAGGUCUGCACGCAGACAGCCUACAUCCUCUUCUACCAGAGGCGGACAGCCAUACCUUCGUGGUCAGCCAACAGCUCUGUGGCAGGCUCAACAAGUUCUUCCCUGUGUGAACACUGGGUGAGUCGGCUCCCUGGGAGCAAGCCAGCCAGUGUGACCUCUGCGGCUUCCUCCAGACGCACGUCCUUGGCCUCACUCUCGGAGUCUGUGGAGAUGGCUGGGGAGAGGAGUGAAGAUGACGGAGGCUUUUCAACUCGACCAUUUGUAAGAAGUGUCCAGCGCCAGAGCUUGUCCUCCAGAUCUUCUGUCACCAGCCCCUUGGCCGUCAAUGAAAACUGCAUGAGACCUUCCUGGUCCUUGUCUGCUAAGCUGCAGAUGCGCUCCAGUUCUCCUUCCCGAUUCUCAGGGGACUCUCCAAUUCACAGCUCUGCUUCCACCUUGGAGAAGAUUGGGGAGGCGGUAGAUGACAAGGUUUCCAUCUCUUGCUUUGGUAGCUUGAGGAACCUUUCUAGCAGUUACCAGGAACCUAGUGAUAGUCACAGUCGUCGUGAGCACAAGGCUGUGGGCCGGGCUCCUCUGGCUGUCAUGGAAGGUGUGUUCAGAGACGAAGCAGACAUCCGCAAAUUGAACUCCAGCGUUGCAGAUACACAGAGCAAACACUCAGCACAAGGGGAUCACUUGCCCCCCGUCUCUGAUCCAUUUGAUAACAAUAACCAGAUUGCUUAUGUAGAUCAGAGCGAUUCUGUAGACAGCUCUCCAGUCAAAGAGGUGAAACCCCCGAGCCACCCAGGCUCACUUACAAAGAAACCAGAGAGCACAACCAAGAGAUCCCCCAGUUCCAAAGGUGGUUCCGAGCCAGAUAAAAGCUUGCGGAAGGGGAGACCAGCCUUGGCAAGCCAAGAAUCAUCUCUUUCAAGUACAUCUCCUUCUUCUCCUCUUCCUAUAAAAGUUUCUCGAAAGCCUUCUCGCUCCCGAAGCAAAGCAGAUUCUUCUUCCAGGGCCAGUGGAAGGCAUUCAUCCCCUACCCCUGCCCAAUCCAAAAAGGAGUCGCCCUCCAAAUCCCAAGACUCUGUGUCUUCUCCUUCACCACAGAAGCAGAAGUCAGCUCCUGCCCUCGCCUACACUGCUUCCUCCACAUCUGCCAAAAAAGCCUCAGGCCCUGCCACAAAGAGCCCCUUUCCUCCUGGGAAAAGCAGGACUUCAGACCGGAGCCUAAGUAGAGAGGGCUCCAGACAAAGCCUGGGUUCUGACAGAGGUAGCAUCACCUCCACUUCCAAACCCAACUCCCCUCGGGUGAGCCAGGCCAAAGCUGGAGAGGGCAGAGGGGAUGGGAAACACGUCAGGAGCUCCUCCAUGGCCAGCUUGCACUCUCCCAGCACAAGCAUGAGGUCUGCUCUGAAGAGGGACAGCAAAUCUGAGGACAAAGGGCUGUCCUUCUUCAAAUCAGCCUUGAGACAGAAGGAGACUCGGCGGUCAACUGAUCUUGGCAAGACAACCUUGCUCUCUAAAAAGACUAGUGGGGGCUCUGUUAAGUCAAUCUGUAAGAACACUGUGGAUGACAAGGCAGAGAAAGGCCAUCAGCCUCCAGGUUCCCAGCAGCUGAAUGCAAAUGCAGUUGGAAAAGAGCAGCUUGUCUCUAAGGACUCUGCUUCUGCUAAACAUUCCCUGCUGUCUGCUCGCAAAUCCAAGUCUUCCCAGCUAGAUUCUGGAGUUCCCUCUUCUCCCAGUGGCAGGCAGUCUGCUGAAAAAUCCUCAAAAAAGUUAUCUUCUAGCAUGCAAACCUCUGCACGGCCUUCUCAAAAACCUCAGUGAUAUAUUUCUGCAAUCUAAGUGUUUUAUCUGUAAAGAUGUUUAUUUAUUUAGAUCCCCUCCUUACCCACCAAAACCCUCUAUGCUUUUGUUUUGUAUUUUUUGGGUCAUGUGCCUGAUGUAUGCGUGCGCGCGUGUGUAUGUGUGUGUGAAAAGAAUUUAAUUGCAAAUUGUUAAAAGUGUCGCCUUAUUCUGCCAUUGAACCAAAUAACAGCCAUAGGCAAAGCAUUGAUACCAAGCUAACUGGAAUAAUUGUAGAUGAUACCCUGGAUGGUCCCUUUGGCAAUUGUACGUAUUUCUUUCUAAAGAACUCUAAUGAUUUUCUUUGGACAUGAGGUUUUUGAAACCUGUGAACCAGUUAAGCUAUCAUUAGUGUAGAGAAGGAUGAAUUAUUUGACUUGGGUUCUUUCUAAGCAGGAUUUGUCCUUACUGCGGAUUGUUGGGUGGCACCAGGAGCUCUAAAAACUGUGACACUAACAAUGAAACCAGUGGAGAGAAAAACUAUUGCUUUCUGCACUUUCGCCCCAUUUACCAGUCUUUGUAAAGGGCAAUAUUUUAACACUAAUGUUUCUCAGGUAUAUACUCAGCUAGUCUAGGCUGGAUGCACAUCAGUCAGUGGAUAAAAGAGGGAGGUG